AUGCUGAAUAAAACGGGAGAUUAGCUGUAAAGAAUUGCGGUGAGUUUUGAGGUUAUACUGAGGCUUGCCUCGGCGGAUCCGUCGACGAGUUUCACGAUUGACAUUGUCAUAAUGUCAAAUUUCUUCGGAAGUACGGUAAAAUUGUGCUUUCGAGUUGCCAGGGAAGUUUCAAGUCGAAGUUGUGAGAAAAUCACCUGGUCUCAACACGGCGGAAGGAAUAAAAACGAGAUUAAAUGAGCACUUCUAAGGAAUCGGUGGAUGGGCUCGAUCCUGACUAUGCAGCGCCUGCGACAAUCGACCCCACGCGGCAGGAGCUUCACGAGAAGAAUGCCCGUGCCAACGCUGCAAGGACGAUAACGGAUAUCGUGGAGCGGGAGUUCUCCAGGGAGAUCGACAGCAAAGAAAAGGAGGUCUUGCUGAUUCAAGAUCGCUUGCAUAAGGCGCUUAAAACCUUACACCUACUGCGCUACGUUGUGAUUACUGACUUUUAUAAUCGGAAGCAAUGUCUACCCUCGAACGGAGUGGAGUCUUCCGAACAGACGAGAAUUCAUCCUGCGGUCAAGAAACUACUGGGCAAAGCACCCAGGCAGUUCGAUUUUAUGUGCUUAGAGAAUAAUUUUGGAGGACCGUUAGAGUCAUUCCCAAGUACGGAAAAGGUGAACUCCGAGGUUCCGUCAACUAACGGUUCACGAAAGCGGCAUUAUCAGCUUGUGGAUCUGGAGGAAAAACCUGUGGAAGAUGUCAAGGAAAAUGGUCCACAACCAAAAAAAAUCCCUCGAUACAUUCCGCCCAAAUGUACGUUACCUGAACCAUCUUGCCCGUCGAGAGGCAUUCAUCACAAGAUUAGACGAAGAGUUGUGGUGGGAAAUGUCUCUAAAUGGAUUCCGCCAGAUUGGAGAGAAGAUGGUGUCAGUCAUAAGUGGAUGGUUUAUGUCAGAGGCGAUAAAGAAAACCCAGGAAUUGGUGAUUUUGUAUCUAAAGUCAGGUUUUUCCUGCAUCCAAGCUAUCGGCCGAAUGACAUUAUUGAAGUAGCGUCGCCUCCUUUCCAUUUAACUAGAAGAGGAUGGGGUGAAUUCCCUAUUAGAGUUCAAUUACACUUUAAAAAUACUUCCAAUAAACCAAUGGAUGUUAUACAUCAUUUAAAAUUAGACCGUACAUAUACCGGUCUCCAGACACUAGGUGCUGAGACCGUAGUCGAUGUCUGGAUUUAUCCUAUCGAUCCUAUUUCUAGUACUUCUACCACCUCUUCUUCAAUGGGCUCGAAUUUAAACGAUAAAUCCAACUCGACAUAUGAGACUGAAUCUAGUAUACAAGACGUUCCAGUAAACAAUUUAGAACCGGAUUGUCUAUCUGUGAAGGAGGAACCUGUUAGUAGUGCAGAAAGUGUUGAAAUAAAAGAUUUCAUAGCAACAGAAUCGGAAAUAGAAGACUUGAAAAAGACUGAGCAGUCGAUUCUGCAUAUUCUACUCGAUCAUAAUUAUUCAAUACCUUUCGACUCAACCAAUGGAGAAAAUGACUUUCAACAUGGAAGUGCCUUCCAGUCGGAUCUUUCACCUGCAGAAGAAAUUCCCUCAGACAGGUUGAACAAGCAGUCAAGAAGUGAGGCAUGUUCAGAGAAAACACAAAGUCAUGAAAACUCUCAAAGCAUUUUAAUUAAUCAGCAGAAGCAGUCGCAUUCUUCACAGAUUAAUAAUGAUAGCUCUAACUGUACACUUGUGAGACUGAUUCCAUUGGGAACUAGUAAACAGAGUAGCGAAGCUGUUUCAGAAGUUCACAAAUUAAACUGCAGUAUCGAGAAAUCCUAUGUACCAAAACUAACUUCAAGCCUUCUGAAAAAUCCUUCGCAAUUCCAGCCUCUUGAGAUCUCGAUACCUCCUGCAUUUGCUCCAACAGGGUGCAAGAAAAUUCAAGUAGUAUUUAAGAAUGGCAAACUUAUUCCUUCCGUUGGAAGCUCCAAAUGCGAUUCGAUUAUGAAUCAGACAUUGCGUUCCAACUUUAGUACUUCGAUCAUUAAACCAAGUGGAAUAGCCAAAUCCGUUCUCGCUGUACCGAGUGCAAGUGCAGCAUCGAAGUUUGUGGAAAUAAAACCUUCCAGUUCUCUCCUACUAACUAAUUCUGGAACACCGGCAGGAGCUAACUGGGUACCGGCUCUUCAAAUAGCUAAUUCUGUUGAAACUCAAGAAUAUUAUGAUCUGCAGAAUCCGUCGAAUAGCUCUGAUUGCACUCGAGUUAACAAACCUGUCAAACCGAAGGUCACUAUUGGAAAAGACAAGUACAAAAUUUUAAGUAAAAAGGAUUUAUAUGACAAAGACAUAAGAUUGAUAGAAGAAGUUCGACUAGAAGACACCAUCUCUGUGCUAAAGUUCAUUAUUAGGAGGAUACCUCUAAUUACUGAGAAUGCUUCGGAUCCUGAGUACAGGCGAAUGCAUGUCUAUGCCUGCGCCAGCGAAGGAGAUUUUUUUAGUUACAAUAUAGGAAGGCAGCGAGCAAUGGAGUGGUAUCGUGCUAAGACAGUACGGUCCUUUUUGAAGAAGAAGGUCUCUGAGGAGAAUCUCUGGAGCAUCAAAGAGAUCCUGAUCUGGGCGAGGCUUCAUGGAUUCACGCCAACUCGAUCUUCGAUAUCCAGUGGACAGCCAGAUCAUGAAACUGCAAAGAAACUGCCUAGUACAAUUGUUUCCACGUGCACGGACUCGAAGUUCUUCGACGAGUGGCUUGAAGAGAACGGAGAAAAUUCGCGGCGUCCAUCCAACGACGAGGAUGCAAUCGAGGUUGACGUCGUCAGCGUUGUCGAGGAGAAGCCCAAACGUCGAGGCCUCAAGGGAGCAGACCUCCUGGACUUCUCGCCGUUACCUAAUCCCGAGGACACGAUCGUCCUGGAACUUCCAGAGAAGCUCCAGCCGAUGCACAGUUUCGUCUGCGAAACUGCUAGCGAGAUCGGCGUGGCUCUUCCACCGGAGACGAUCAUUCCUGGUGUUAUUUAUCCUGCAGCAGGACACGCGAUGUUAAGGGCGGUGCAAUGUUUCAUGGAUGAUCUCUUGCGGCUGUCCCUGGCAAAGGCGCAUGAAAGGACCACGGGAAACCAGUACCCUGAGACGAUACUGCUGGACGAUGUUCGCGGUGCUCUCUUCGGUCGCGAGGAAUUCGACUUGUUCACCAGCGCAGGCUUGGGGUCUCGGCAGAGGAAGGACUUCGGAGGGUGAAAUGAAUUCCUCGAGUGGAGAAGAAGGGAUUAAGCGAUACUUUAUUCCCAACCGAGCGUGAUGUUGUGCCGCUCGAUCUGAUGUUCCAGCCAUUUUCGCAAGGGCUGGUAGUACCGCAACAAUGGCUCGGCUCUGUACUCGGUUGAUCCUGUCAUCAUCCGCAAAAUGUAACGCCAGUUCGUGCUUCUUCCAAGCUUCAUCGGCGACCUAAGGGAAAGCGAAGAAUGGAAAUCCGAGUUUUAUAAUUUUAGACGGUUCUUUGGAUAAACGAAACCUUGCCGAUU